GAAGAAGAAAUCGGUCUCGCUAAUCUGGAGGUAAAAUGGCGUCGGGUGCCAUUUCAACGGAGUCAAAGAAAAUAUCAGAAUUAAGGGUUGUUGACCUUAAAUCCGAGCUCAAGCGGAGGAGCUUGGACACUUCCGGUGUGAAAAGCGUUCUUCUCACGCGGCUCAGACAGGCUAUUGAAGAAGAAGGCGGUGACCCAGAGUACAUUCAGACCCCUCUGUCGACCGAUGCAUCCCCAAGGAUAAGUGGGAAAGUCAAAGGGAAGAAAUCCGAUCCCGAUUCGGAAAACACAGCAGAAGAAGACAGUGUUUCCAAGGAAGCUGAAGAGUAUGAGUCAGAAAAGGAUGUAACUGAUACCGAUGACGGUAGUCGCGAAAAUUCAAAGCCUCCGCCCUGCGAGGACAGCCUCGCUCACUCUGAGGCUGAACCGGAGUCUGGACCCGUGGCGGCUGAGGCGGACUCAGAGCCUGAGCCAGAGGUAGACGCCGACGCGGAGGCGGACGAGGACCCAGACCCAGACCCAGAGGCAGAGACCGAAGAGGCCGAGAGGGACGCUGAAACCAUGAGCUCCUCUAGAGAAGCAGAGGACGAUCACCUGUCCGUCUCAAUCCAAAACGAAGACACCCUCACCCUGGAUGUUGAUGGCGACGACCUCCUGGAAACAGGUAAACAUGUGAAACUUCCAGAUCCAGAGGCAGAGAAGGGCACUGAGGCCGGUGCCGAGAUGGGCCCAGAUGAUGACAUGAAAGAAGAAGAAGAAGAAGACAUGGAAGAGCACGAAGAUGGCAAGAAAGACGAUGACGGAGCCGGCGAUGAGAACACGAAGAAAGACGCCAGAGAGGCUGAAACCGAAGAUAAAGAAAAGGAUUCUGGGAAGAAAGGCCUGUCCACUACUGGGGCCUCAGGUCGAGCAAAGAGCUCUUCAAGAGACAGAGAUGGAAAGUCUGCAAAGGACGAAAAGGGCGUCGGCAGCGGCUCUUCUCGCAACAUUUGGGUGAGCGGCCUCUCAUCCAACACCAAAGCGGCUGAUCUGAAGAACCUGUUCGGCAAAUAUGGAAAGGUUCUAAGUGCCAAGGUGGUUACAAACGCUCGCAGUCCGGGUUCAAAGUGUUACGGCUUGGUGACGAUGUCUUCCAGUACCGAGGUGACGCGCUGCAUCUCCCACCUCGACUGCACGGAGCUCCACGGGCAGCAGAUCUACGUUGAAAGGGUGAAAAACGAUCCGCUGAAGAAGGAGCCCUCAAAGAAAGAAGCGGAGGACAAAGCCGGGUCGGGCAAAUCUAAUAAUAAGCACAGCUUCGCUGGGAACAAACAGACAAACAAAGCACAGCCAGCUCACAAGAAAGAGGAGAAGAAGUCCGAUAAGCCAUCAGAAAAAGACAAGGAUUCAUCCAAGAAGCAGGAGGCGAAAGGCGGGAAAUCUGAGGCGCUCUCCUCCGGCUCCGACCAGGAGUCUCCAAAGAAAGAUGACCGAAAGCGCGGCCUAGAAGCGAAGAGUCCGGGGAAGACGACAGCGGAGGACGAAGGAGAAGGCAACUUUGGGAAAAGACCUUUUAGAACCGGAAGAUAUUUUAAUAAACCCUUUGUGAACACUAAUUUCGAAAGGCGUCCCAAGUGGUUGAUUCCUCCUGAAGAGGUGCAAAUGCUGAGAGAGAGGCGGAAACUCCUCCAUAAAGGGGGCGAAAUGGACAUCCUGCCUUUUGACAAGUUUAAGGAGCAGAAGGAGCAGAGGAUGCGUGAACAGAUGGAGCGCUUCCAGAGAGCCGCCGAGCUGCGCAGGAGGCGUGAAAUUGCAGAGCAAGAGCGGCGGGAGCGCGAGAGGAUCCGUCUGAUGCGCGAGCGCGAAGAACGGGAGAUCCUGCUCCGAGAACGCCAGAGACUGGAGAUGGAGAGGCAGAAGCUGGAAAGGGAGCGCCUGGAGAGGGAGAGACUGGAGAGAGAGCGCUUCCGUAUAGAACAGGAGCGGCGUAAAGAGGCUGAACGCAUGGCGCGGGAACGGGAGGAGCUUCGGCAGGAGCAGCUUCGCUUUGAACAACAGAAGAGGAACAAUCUAAAGAGGGGCCGUGAGGUGGAACACGGGCGGCGCGACGAUAACUACUGGAACGGCAACAAGAAGAUGCAUCCCGAGUCGGAGGUGCGUUUGAACCAGAGCUCCACCUACAACCGGCAGCAGAAUCGCUUCCCCAACGCAAAUCCUCGGGAGAGGGGCCGAUUUCCAGACGCUGGCCAGCCGCCCAACACGUUUGACAGGCGCAAUCGAUACGACGGCGAGCCGGAGGCGAAGAAGAGUCGCCCGGCUCCUCACAGAGAGGGCUCGGGCUUCGACAGAUACCCCAAGAACUUCGACGGCGUCCGCAGGCCUGAGCCGCCCCCCCGCGGGGACACCGACCGCAGGGACAGGGACGAGAGGCGUCCUCCGCCCAUGCACGAGCGCCCUGUGGGAGCCAGGCCUCCGAUCCCCGCCUUGACGCACAGCCGCCCGCCGAGGGACGCGGGGCCAGGGUGGAAGAAUGAUGGAGGGAUCAGCUCCAGCAAGGGGGAGAUGAGAGGGCCGGUGCGACUACGUGAAGAUCGUCCAGGCAGAGAUGCUGCAAGGAGCACCUUUAAUAACCGAGGCCAACCCAUGGGGAUGAAUGAUCAGCCGUUCACCUCGGGGCGCCAGGUUGUGGUGGAGCGGCACAGCAGGGACCCGGGACUGAGGAAGGAGUGGCACGGCAGCUCGGGCUCCCAGGGAGGCGUCUUUUCUGACGGCCGCAGGAUGGGAGACAGCCGCGGAAGCAUCAUUGCUGCGUCCAGCCACUCUUCGUCAGGACUGAGCCGGAUCGUCCAGAUCACCAGCAGCUCCAUUUCCAGCAGCGGUACCGUGGGAGGAUUCAAGGCUUUCAAAGGGCCGUCGCGGCCCUUCUAACACUCACUGAGUUCAGCCACUUUACGAGCACCGGAGAUCUUUGCUGAACAUUUUUUUUAUUUUUAAAGUAGCUGUCUCGGGCGGCAGCAGCCCAGGAGGUCGAUUGCUCUGUUUUAAUCCACAAAGACGGCGUUUUCCUGUCGGCUCUGCUGUCGCCACCUUUUAAUAUUUUCCUGAAAGCUGCUGCACAGCCCUGCGUCUUUGUAACGAGUUUUUCCAGUGGUGAUGUAGGACUUCUCCUAUUAAGUGUUAGUAUAUUUUUUAGUAGUGUAGCGAUACACUCAGUUUUCCUGUGUAAUGUUUUAUUUUGUGUAUCAUAGACUUAAAAAAUAACAGGGAAAGAUUUGGAUGUUUCUCUAAAACAGUUUUUUUUUUUUUUUUUAUUUAUACAUUUUAUUUUUAUGUUGUUUGGAAGUCAUACUUGAUGAAGGUGUGAUGUUUUGUAAAGCCUAGCCGAUCUGCUUAGACGGGAGUGUUGAGCUGCAUUAAAUGAUGGGAGACAUCAGGUAGAAAAUAAGAGCAGAUUCCUCCUAAUGAUGCUGAACUCAGCUCUGGACAUUUUACAAAUACAAUUUGUCUUUUUUUUGUACCUUUCUGUUCCGAAGUCAUAGUUGAAGCAUCCCUUUCUGGUGAAUGAACCUUGUAAACGUCAGAGUUGUUCUGUUGAACGCGUGGCACCGUGUGAAGUCUACCAGGAGCUCGUAAAAACUUGAGACGCCACCCCGACGCGAGAGGACUCUGUCCGCUUUGACCAAACCACCAUCUGGAGGCAUUUCUCUUAUUUUUAGCGCUUCUGUGUCCUUUCAAAACUGCUUAGACACCUUGAUCUUACACUUGUCCUCACACUCACUUCGUUGUACCCUUAACCACGCACCGGAUGUUCUCAAACUUUGAUUAAAAUACAAAACCUGUAAGUGAAGUGAGUCGUUUGGGGAAGCCACUGCAUAAAUGUGAUGAAUGUAGUCCAGUCCAUCCAUCCAGUGUUUUACACAUGAAAAUAGUCUAGUUUUUACCAGGUUAUAAAAUGGGUUAAGUUUA